CCCACACUCUCAGCACCUGUUCCUACCUAGCUCAAAUUGGCCCAAGGCUGAAGCAAAGAAAAUCAAGGAGGAGGCAGGCGGCCUGGAGAAAGGACCUGGAGAGAGGGUGUAUGACAGCGAGCCGGUGGGAGCUUUAUAGAGGACCAAGGAGAGACGUAGGGAAAGCGGGAGAGUGCUGGAGGAGAAGGGGCGGGAAUCGGGUGUGGAGGGUGGGGUGGAGCUAAGAGUAAGAAGCUGGAGAGAAGAGGCUGGAGUGAGAGGGUGGGAGUGAAGCCACCUGGAGGAGUGCAGGGGUUAGCUCGCUCGGUGCAGAGCUUUCCGCGGUUUGAGCACUGCCCCUGCUCGCGCUCCGGUUCUCACUGAUACCUCUCCAGCGGUGUGUCUAGCCCGAGAGUUAAAAGGUGGCCUGGGGUACCGUGAGGGAUGCGAGUGCGCCUAGGUGCCCUAGCCGGGGCUGCGGCGCUGACGGGAGCACUCAGCUUUGUACUCCUGGCGGCUGCCAUCGGCACAGACUUUUGGUACAUCAUCGACACUGCCCGGUUGGAGCAGCGCCGCCCGGGGGCGAGCGGGGCCCGAGAUCCCGGUGGUAGCAGCACGGACAGCCUCAAUCAUAGCCAGCCGGAGCCGCUCAGCUCACAUUCUGGGCUCUGGAGGACCUGCCGGGGUAAGGGUUCAAAGCAAGUGUACACCCCUGAUGAACCCCUUCUGGCAGGAGAAUGUGACAGUCUCCGACUCAGACAGACAGCUACUCACUAUGCAUGGGACAUUUGUGAUUCUUUUGCCGCUCAGCCUGAUCCUGAUGGUCUUUGGAGGGAUGACGGGAUUUAUAAGCAUCCUCGCCAGAGCCUAUCUUCUCCUCCUCAUGACUGGGAUGCUCUUCCUUUUUGGAGCUUUGGUGACUCUCGCUGGGAUCAGUGUCUACAUUGCCUACUCAGCAGCAGCUUUCCAGGAAGCAGUCUGCCUCUUGGAAGAGAAGGACCUGCUGGACCAGGUGGACAUCAGGUUUGGAUGGUCCUUGGCUCUUGGAUGGAUCUCCUUCAUCUCUGAGCUCCUCACCGGGGCAGCAUUCCUCCUGGCAGCAAGGAUGGUUGGUUUGAAACGGAGACAGGACCAAGCAAUAUAGAAGAGUCCUGGCCCUGGGGAGAAUUCAGAGUUGGUGGGAGGCACUUCCAUUAAAAAAAUAAAAAAAAAGGUCAAGGAUAUAUAUUGAUCUUUGAAUCCA